AUGCUCGAAUGCCGCGCGUGCGUCUUGCGCUGCAUUCGUACUAUCGUGGGAGAUGCUCUCUCCCCUCAACGGCCACUGGUGCUGACACCCCGAAUCGAAAGCUACAACUACCCUCUUCGCAGACGACUGGCAACACGCGCACGUCCAACUCCCCAAAAGCCGCCGAUCGACUUCGACGCCGACGAGAGAUUUGCUGACAAUGAGCCUGAACUCUCCGCCUCUCGAAGGGCUGGGGGAAAAGCGCUGACGAAAGCAAACGAAAGGGCACUACGCAAGGAAAUCGCCUGGCUGCGGGAUCCUGUCAAGUUUGCCAAUCAUGUCCAUUACAUUCUACGCAACGAGCAGCCCGAUAAAGCUCUUGAACUGUGUCGUCUCGCCUCCAAGGAAGGGAAUGUUGUGGUCGCCUGGAACCACGUCGUCAACUGGCACAUACAAAGGCGAAAGGUCAACAGGGCGCUUGAGAUAUACAAUGAGAUGAAGAAGCGGGGGCAGUUCCCGGACGCCUUCACGUACAUGAUGAUAUUCAGGGGAUGGGGAAGCUACAAUGCAAUGACUGAUAAUUCUCGGGAUCUGUACACGUACAUGCUCAAGGCCAUCAACAUAUAUCAUUCCAUGAGUAGCCCCACAAGCAGGGUCAAGCCAAACAUCAAGCACACUAAUGCGGUUCUACGACUCUGUGCUCUGGCUCAUGAUCUCGAUGCGAUGUGGGGAGUCGCAAGCAAGAUACCUGAGCACGGCUCCGGCUCUGCGGACAACGUCACCUACACCAUCUUGCUCUCAGCGAUUAGGACUGGUGCAUUUGGAGGCAACGAAGGGAGACAUGAAGAGAAUGAGCACGUGUUAUUGGAACAGCUUGAGCCCAAGAAGAAGCAGGCUGUCGACGAAGGCAGAAGGAUAUGGCAAGAAGUCAUCGCGAGGUGGCGAAGUGGAGAGAUCCAGAUCGACGAAGCUCUUGUCUGUGCCAUGGCAAAACUGCUGCUGUUCGGCAGCGAGCUACAGGAUUGGGAUGAUGUACUCAGUUUGGUGCAGCAGACUACGCGUGUCGAGCGCCAGCUUCCAGAACUGGGCUCGCCGGACAGAUACACAAGCCAUGUCCCACUGGGGAAUGCUCAGGAGCCACAGCUCACAGCCGACGAGGACGCCAAUGGAUGGGUCCCUACGCCGGCCAGGAACGCUUUCAAAGCCAUAUCGCCCCACGCUCAAGAUUCCGAGAGGCCGAGACGCGCCAUGAAUUUCGUCUGGGUAACGCCUGGCAAAUAUAUGCUCGAUGUGCUGAUUCGAGCAUGUACAAAUCUGCGCAGUCCCAAGGCUGCUGCCGCGUACUGGGAGAAGUUAACCGGCGAAUACGACGUACAACCGGAUCUGACUAGCUACGAAGAAAUGUUGCGCCUUCUCAGCAUCAAUCGUGGCUCUGCAGCCGCCCUCCGCUUACUAAAGGAGAUGGCUGAAGUGGGCGUCGCGCCCUCUCGCAUAACCUACCGAAUCGCCAUGGGCUGCUGCAUGCGUGAUUGGAAGAACCAUAAUGUCGUGAAGACAGCCUCGGAGAUGAUUGAUAGCAUGGAGCACCAUCUGCGAUUCCCCGACUCUCGGACCUUGGAGAGCUACCUCGUGCUGGCACUGAAGACCAGGGAUGCGGAAAUGAUUGUCGCUGCUCUGAGCCGGAUGGAGAACAUUGCGCAGCUCAUGUGGUCCAAGAUUGGAUCUUCCGGCUCCCAGCCACGUGCUGGCAGAGUUUCCGAAAACGUAGACGAUGCCGCUGCGUUUUUCAAGAAACUUGUAGCUGGUAUUGACACGUUUAUGUAUAUGGAGGAGCUGGCACAAGAGGACCGCGAGAAGUGGAAUCUUCGCCGCUCUAAGAUCAACGGAUAUCUGGGCAGACUGAUAAACAACGCUCCAGUGAAGAAAGAUAGGUCUUCGAGAAGAAGAGCACAGCUGUACGAGACGGCUGUGGACGCCUUCCGAGAGGCUGGGGAUGUCCACGAGGCGGCGGGUAAUGUUUGGAGGCGUCACAUGGUUUUGUAG